CUGUACUUGUACCGCGGCGAUCCAUCCUCCCGUCAGUAGGAGGUCGGUGCGGUCAUGGAGAUCGGCGUGGGGUUAUGGGUCAAGAGCAAGGACGAGUGGGUCCAAGCGCUGGUCCGCAACAUCAAGAAGAACGCCGGCAGCAUGCACGUCGACGUCACGUAUGAGUAUGCAAGUGGCGGAGUCGAAACCUUGCUUGUCGAUGUUGCCAAAGUUGAAGAUGGCACGGACGAAUUGGUCAAGCUCGCCAACAGCGCCGACAUGGACUUGGUGGACGACUUGAUUCGACUGCCUAACUUGCACGAACCUGGGAUUUGCCACACCUUGAACGAGCGCUUCAAGCAAAACGAGAUCUACACACUUACCGGCGAGAUCCUCCUCGCCGUGAAUCCAUUCCAAGACCUUGGCAUUUACAGCGACAAGGUGAUCCGCAAGCACAUUCGGCAUGGCAUGCUUCAAGCGCUCGGCGACGAGGAAUCCACCGCGCCGCCGCACGUGUUUGGCGUCGCUGACGCGGCUUUUCGAUCGCUCACGGCACCACUAGCAGGGCGGCCGCAAAACCAAAGCAUCCUCGUGAGCGGCGAGUCUGGCGCCGGCAAGACGGAGACGACAAAGUUCAUCAUGAAGUACCUUGCCGCCGUGUCCCAAAGCCAGAGCAUGCGAAACAUCAACAUCAACCAGAGCGACGUCAUGUCCCAAGUGCUGUCGUCGUCGCCGAUCCUGGAAGCGUUUGGAAACGCGCGAACGAUUCGGAACGACAACUCGAGUCGGUUUGGCAAGUUCAUCCAAAUGCAGUUCAGCCAGCACCGCGGGCUCCUCAUUGGGGCUGGCAUUCAAACGUACUUGCUUGAAACAGUGCGCGUAACAUCACAGGCCCCCAUGGAGCGCAACUACCACGUGUUCUACGAACUGCUCGCCGGGCUCGACGCCGGUCGGAAGGCCGAGUGGGGGCUCACUCUCCCCAGAGACUUCUACUACCUCAAUCAGAGCGACUGCUUUCACCGAAAGGACGGUGUGGACGACCAAGACCAGUUCACCAAGCUCCAGGACGCGUUGGACACGAUGCAGUUUGACCAAGACGACCAGCACAACAUCUUUUACACCGUCGCCAAUCUAUUGCACGUGGGCAACUUGCGAUUCCACGCCACUCAUCACGGCCAUGAAGGGUCGGUUCUGUCCAGCGAUCAUGCUAGCACCGCCGCGGAAGUCCACGUCACGUCGUUCUUUGGAGUUGACCGGCACACGCUGGAAGUGGCGUUGACGACGCGCAAAAUCCAAGCGCGCGAUGAAUGGUAUACGCUCGGCCUGUUGCCUGACGUUGCCGAGCAGCACCGAGAUGCGUUGACGCGGUAUGUGUAUGGAAAGCUCUUUGAUUACCUGGUCAAGCGCAUCAACACCACAAUCGACCACCACAACGACAGCGACCUCGCCGGCUUCAUCGGUGUCUUGGACAUCUUUGGGUUCGAAGACCUCUCGACCAACUCGUUCGAGCAGCUUUGCAUCAACUACGCGAACGAGACCCUGCAGCACCACUUUAACGCAACCGUCCUGCGCCAGGAACAAGUCACGUACGAGCGAGAACACAUCCAGUGGAGCUUUAUCAACUUUCCCGACAACCAGCCGUGCUUGGACUUGCUCGAGAAGAAGCCCAGGGGCCUCUUUCACAUGCUCGAUGAAGAGUGCAUCGUGCCCCAGGGGAGCGACGAGAACUUUGCGCGAAAGGCAACAAAGCUGCAUACGUCCGCCGCCGCGGCUGGAACCCCCUCGCCGUCGUCGUUCUUCCGAGCAAGUCAUGCCGACCGCGCCAACAACACGUUUAGCAUCCACCAUUAUGCUGGGUGGGUGCAGUACCACACGUAUGGCUUUUGCGACAAGAACAAGGACACGUUGCAUGCUGAAAUAGCGGCGCUCGUGCGGCAGUCGUCGCUUUCGUUCCUCCGCACGAUCAGUCAGGACGUGGCAAGCCCCUCCACGAGUCAACAAAAGCUUGCGUCGACGCGAGGCAACUUAAGGCCGUCACCGUCGUCCAUGGCGAUGGCAAAAGCCUCCAGCAGUGUUGGCAGCACGUUUCGGAGACAGCUUAAAGAGCUCAUGGACACAGUCCAGCAGACGCAGUGCUCGUAUGUGCGAUGCCUGAAGCCAAACGACAAGAAUAAACCAAACCUGUUCCAGUUUCAUCGGAUCUGCGACCAACUCCAAGCUGGCGGCGUCCUCGAAGCCGUCCGAGUCAACCGCGCGGGAUUCCCCGUCCGCAUCACACACGCCCAGUUCGUCAAGCGCUACCGACCUCUCGGAAAUCAGACCAUGCUCAAGCAAAUCCCAGACACGUGCGGGGACGACACCGCUUCGACGCCAGCAGAUCGGCGCGCAGCCGCCACAGCGCUCGCCGCGUACUUGAUUCAGACAUUAUCUCUCGACAGACAUGAAAACACAACGCAAUCAGCCGCAUCCCCGCUGCAAGUGGGCGUGACCAAAGUGUUCUUUCGACGUACGGCGAUCCAAUAUGCUGAAGCACAGCUCGCCAAACGCUACGGCGAGUUCGUCGUGCUCAUUCAAAGUCUAUGGCGCCGUUGUCUGGCCCAGCGCCAGCACCGGCGCGCCUUGGCGGCUAUCCUCUUGAUUCAAACUAACACUCGACGUUUCCUCGCCGCACAAUUGGUCCAUCGAAAACGAGAGGCCAAGAGGAUGGCAGAAUUGCAGCGGCUCGAGGCAGAAGCUGCAGCAGAACGCGCGCGAGUGCUGGCUGCGUCGAAGCUCGCGUCAGGGCAGAUGCUCCAGCGUGUGUCGUCUGGCGGUCGGCUGUCCGGGGACUUGAGGUCGUCGCUCGCCUCUUCCAACGGAGACGACGACUUUGCAUUCCGAGGUACCGCCGGCAGUGCGUCGACGUUCAAAUUCCGAAUGAUUUCCCGCAGUGGGGGAGACUACGACCCGAAUGGGUACACCUUAUCCAACAAUCACCGACAGAAACCACCCCGGCCAGUCGAAAAGACGCCUGGGGACACGGCCCUGCACCACGCCGUGAACUCAGGCAAUGAACUAGACGUCAUGACAUUGCUAGAGAACGGCGCGAGUGUGCUCGCGAUGAACUCGCUCGGACGGACGCCGCUCCAUGCGGCGGCAGCGCUUCCGAACCUCGAAGUCGUGGCACUACUAGUGGACUGGGACUCGGACUUAAGCGCGCAAGAUUUGGCUGGGAACACGCCUCUUCACUUGGCCACCGACCCGCAUGUGUGCCGCAUGCUCUUGGAAGCAGGCAGCGAUCCGAACAUUCUGAACAACGCCGGACGGACUACGCUGCUGGAUGCGGCUGAGCGAGGCGACCUCCAAGUCGUGAAAGCACUGUGCAAUGCCCACUGCGACCUGUUGAUCUGCGAACCCAAGCACUGCCAGUCGGCGCUGCACCUGGCGAUUCGUAAGGGCCACUACACAGUGGUGAACGAACUGUGCAAAUCCAAGCUUAUUUACGACCUCAUGACCCUUCAAGACCGGAAUGGUAACACUGCACUGCACUUUGCCGUCGCCAAAGACCGCAAGAACGGCCCACGCCUCGUCCAGUUUCUCCUCCAGUACGGCGGCCGAUCCAUCGUGGACGUCCCAAACCAGCGCCAACAGACUCCGCUGGUCGUGCAUAUCAUGACGACACGACAGACCGAUCCGACGAUUACAGAUAUCUUGCUCGAAGCUGGCGCAGCACCAACCGUGGCGCUUCUGGAUGGGUCCACCAUCCUCCACGUAGCAGUCGACAGAGAACUCAUGGACAUUGCGUGCUCGCUCAUCCGAUCGGGCGCUCAGCUCAACGCAACCGACCGCGAUGGCGUCCGCGUGAUCGAGCUCGCCCAGCGGGACAAUGUCAAGCUCAAGAAACUACUGGACGCGAUCACGUUGCCCCCGCUCUGGAUGAGCGAGAAGGACAAGAAGAACUGCAUGGUGUGCGUCAAACCGUUUGGGUUUGCCCACCGGCGCCACCACUGCAAACACUGCGGUCGGAUCUGCUGCUCCGAAUGCGCCGCGUUCUCAGUUGAGCUCUGCCAGUUUCCGCCGCAGUUUCCUGGCCGCACGGCGUCAAAUGGAAAGCCCGUCAAGGACGCCCAGCGCGUGUGUCGAACGUGCCACGGCGUGUUCAAAACGCGGCGAUCCAUCCAAGAAGCCACCCUCAGUCACGUAGUCGUCAAGAGUGUCCACGAGUGGGAGGAAAUGUCGGCGGAGUCGCUGCGAAACUCGUUGGGGUCCCGCAGCAGCACCACUUAGCAAAUCAAGUAAAUAGAGGCCAUGAUAUGAACGGACA